AUGGAAAUAAAUUUAUCAUUUAGUGGUGGUAUGGAAUUACUAUUUAAUAAUGUAAAGAAAACAUUAAUAAAUUUACCGAAAUCAAUCAACCCUCCUAAUCCAACAAACAUGAAAGAUCUUAUAUCUUGGAUAAAAGAUAAUUUAUUGAAAGAAAGACCUGAAUUAUUUGUUGAUGGUGAUACAGUACGUCCUGGAAUAUUAGUCUUGAUAAAUGAAACUGAUUGGGAAUUGGAAGAGUACUAA